CUUCCGGCUAAGGGGCGAGACCCUGUGGAGAUCCUCAUCCCCAAAGAUAUCACUGACCCGCUCAGUCUCAACACUUGCACUGAUGAGGCCCAUGUAGUUCUUGCCUCGCCACUCAAGAUUGGUCGAAAGCGCCAUAGACACCGGGGACCUCACCACCAGCAGCAGCAGGCGCCUGGAGGGAGUGACAGCCACGCCGCCCUCCCCACUGACCCUCUCACCCCCUCACUCCAUGCGGAGGGUGCCACCACGCAGCAGCAGCAGCAGCAGCAGCACAGGGGCCAGAACCGAGAUGCCCCUCAGCCCUAUGAACUCAACACAGCCAUCAACUGCAGGGAUGAAGUUGUGUCUCCCCUUCCAUCUGCCCUGCAGAGUUUCUCAGGCUCCCUUUCUGCCCCUCCAGCUGCCUCAGUUACCUCUGCACCCUCAUCUUCCUCCUCCCGACAUCGAAAACGACGCAGGACUUCCAGCAAGUCGGAGGCAGGGGCUAGGGGUGGAAGCCAGGGUUCCAAGGAGAAGGGCAAAGGGAGUGGGGGAGGCCGUCAUCACCACCCACUCCCUGCAACUGGCUUCAAAAAGCAACAGCAAAAGUUCCAGUAUGGGAAUUACUGCAAGUACUAUGGCUAUCGCAAUCCUUCCUGCGAGGAUGUGCGCCUUAGGGUGUUGAAGCCGGAGUGGUUUCAAGGCCGGGACGUCCUAGAUCUGGGCUGCAAUGUUGGCCAUCUGACCCUAAGUAUUGCCUGCAAGUGGGGCCCAGCCCGCAUGGUGGGGCUGGACAUUGAUCCACGGCUUAUCCACUCUGCCCGCCAAAAUAUCCGACACUAUCUGUCUGAGGAGCUUCGUCUCCGAGCCCAGACUUCUGAGGGUGACCCAGGGACAGAGGGGGAGGAAGGGACUACCACUGUCCGAAAAAGGAGCUGCUUCCCAGCCUCACUGACAGCCAGCCGGGGUCCCAUCGCUGCACCCCAAGUGCCCUUGGAUGGAGCGGACACAUCUGUCUUCCCCAACAAUGUCGUCUUCGUCACGGGUAACUAUGUCCUGGACCGAGAUGAGCUGGUGGAUGCCCAAAGACCUGAAUAUGAUGUGGUGCUCUGUCUCAGCCUCACCAAGUGGGUGCAUCUGAACUGGGGUGACGAGGGGCUGAAGCGCAUGUUCCGCCGCAUCUACCGGCAUCUCCGCCCUGGCGGUAUUCUGGUCCUGGAACCCCAACCAUGGUCCUCCUACUGCAGGAGAAAGUCUCUCACCGAAACAAUCUAUAAGAACUACUUUCGAAUCAAGCUGAAGCCAGAACAGUUCAGUUCCUACCUGACAUCCCCAGAGGUGGGCUUCUCCAGCUAUGAGCUUGUGGCCACACCAAGUAACACCUCCAGAGGCUUCCAGCGUCCUGUGUACUUGUUCCACAAGGCCCGUUCCCCCAGCCACUAAGUGGCCUUCUGGACAGAAGGUGUGAAGAGGCUACCCUUGCUGCUCCUGAGGACCUAGGGAAGAGGAAAUUAUCCCAACCAAGGUCUUUCGUGUCUGGCUCCAAAAAGUUUCCUUCCUUGGAUCUGUAAAGAGAGCUUUUCUCAAGUUGCUUCCCGAAGUCUUCUCCCUGACACCUCUGGCACUUGAGCAAGCCCAGCUGUGCUGGAAUUACAUCGGCUUCCUCUCCGAGCCUGCUGGGCUGGAUGGCAUGGACUGUUUGCUGACUCUGUCCUCCUAGGGCAUGGGAAGGGGGAAUGUCAAUUCUCUAGGCCCUUCCUCCUGUUCUCCGAAGGAGAUUCCUGCUUCUCAGCCUUUGUUCCUAGCUGCACUUAAGUGGACCAUGGAUGGACUAAGGGUGUUAGAGGGGAAGUUUGGUAAGGAGACACACAGGUACUGUGAAAAUCCUUCCUUCUGCUGUCCCCCGGUGGGAGAGGGAGCUGGGUUUGGAAUGUGAGAACAGCACAAUAAACUUGAUAACUAGGGCCGUGGCCCCUGCA